GAAAUUUUGUCUUCAUUUGUCGACCUCUGAUUGGACAUUGGAGACGUGUAAUCUACUAAAUUUAGAAAACGAGAUUACACCAUAUAGGCGGUUGCCUGUGCAAUCCACAGCAGAAGAACGAAUGUAGAGGGACAGAGAACACAUAGCCAAUAACCAGUUAUCCCGGCCGAGUCCGGCGCGAAAGUCGAUCGAAGGCAAGCUCAGCACGAGCAGACAGACAGGUGUAGAGAGGCUGCGUUCCGUAUCCAGCAGGUGCGACGCAUAACCGACAAAAUCCGUCAACUACGGACUGAAACGUCAAAAAAAGUAGAAAACCGAAAAUGCUUGAAGACUACAGUGGACUCAUCGCUCAGGACCAUGGCGAGGGAGCAAUCGUCCCAAGAUCUCUGGACGAGCUGGUUGGAUGGCUGGAGCUCCCAGGGGCCGGUUACGGACUUGGGUGUGGAACCGACAUCAACCACGAUAUCCAACAUUUCACUACGAUUGGAUCAGAAAGUAAAUGGCCUAUUUGACAACGAAUAUGCUGGCAUGAUGGAUGACUUUGCCGGCGACAACAUGGACAUUACAUUGGAUAAAAACAUUUUGAUGGAAAAAAAGAAUGAUAUGGAGAUUGAGGGAGGGGAAGUUGUAGACAUUCUAGAAGCUUUGGGGCCCACAUUCCCUGGCGAUGACUUUCUCAACAGUUUCAUAGAUCUGUCAAACUUUGCUGAUAUCCAGGAAACUGAAAGCAAACCAGAUUUCUCACUUGCUCAGCCAGUGAUUAGCUUUGAUUUGCCUGGUCUGGAUGUCAACCUAACUGCUGAAUCUGGCACUUCCGGUUUAGUUGUACCAGAAAUUGAAGAGAAAGUCAUACCAGCGGAAUGUGGAAAGAAAAGGAAAUUUUCUGAGAUAGGGGAGGAAGAAGGUCUCGCGGCUGCGGAUCUUGAUCAUGAUUACAUCACCAAAAUCCCUCGCAUGUCAAAGGUCGUAGUUAACCCCCAAGAUGAAAUAGUGGAGGAAAAGGGGAAAGCUCCAGAAAAGAAGUAUGUUGAGCGACGCAUAAAGAACAACAUAGCCUCGAAAAGAUCACGCUAUAUUCGCAAAAUGAAAUUUGUUGAAAUGGAAAGCGAGGCUGACAGACUUAUUCAAGAAAAUCAGAAGAUGCGAUUAAAGAUAGAGGAGAUGGAAACUCUGGCAAAAGAAAUGAAAUCUGCUCUUAUUAACAAACUCGCAGAGAAAAAGUGAAUUAUUACUACAUUUGAAAACUCAUUUUUAUCAAGGAAAUCAUCAUAUAUAUUUUUUUCGAUGUAAUUUUAUUGAUAAAAAUUGAGCACUGGGUAGAGAUUUGUGUGUAAUAGUGUUAAAGCCUUGAGAGAUGAAGGCAAAAAAAGAAAGAAAAAAAUAUUAUAUACAGUAAAUGUGUACAAAAAAAAAAGAAUGGUACCUUGAUAUUGUACAGUUGGUUUUUACUGUAAUUUUUGUACUAAGGAGAUGUUUGAUAAUCAUGAAUUGCAAAACAUGUAUGAAAAAAAUUUAAGUGAAUUUAGUAACAUUUAUAUUCAUUCAUUAGUCUCGAGUUUUACUUAGUAAAUUUAGCAUGUAAAGUGGAGAAAAUAUGUUAAAGAAAUCCACAUCAUUUCAUAUUUAUUUUUUAUAUGAAUUGUUUAAUAUGAUAUGCAUAUUUGUAUUGCAUUUUUAUAUGUUGAAUGUCUUUACAUUAGUGACUAUAAUGUCGUUUUGGCCUUAAGAAUUUUUUUUUUUUUAAUCAAAGGAAAUUUGUAAACUGAGCCAGUUUUUUAUAUAGCCAUGUCUGAACCUUAUUUUGCAACAAUUAUCAGAUUCUGUGAGUUGAUCCAUGCAAAUUAAGGAAUCCAACUUCCAAAAAUUAUUGAUUAAAGAAUUAUGCUGGCUAAAGUAAAGGCAAAUAUGACAGAAGUAUGCUAAUGAAUCCAAUGAAAAGAUCUUAAAUUUAAUCGCUUUUAAAAAAAAAUUGGAGUUUUUAUGUUUGUCAUGUAGAACGAACUUCACUGCAGAUUGUAUAGCAUCAUUUCUCAACAUUUUACAAUGUACAGUUGUAUUAGCAUACUUCACUUGCGUGUAAUUUUCCCACUAGACUUAAUAAUUUGUCUGUAUUUAUUUUAUCUAAUUCUCUGGAGAAACAUGUUGAAAUAUUUACAUUUUCCAGUGUCGUAUACAAAUCAGGGUUCAUUCUUUUGUGUUUCAUUUAAUAAUAAAAUUUAUACACAUGUACAUGCAAUUGCCACAUCACUUGGAGGGGACUUGUUUAACAUGAAAUGACUACUUCUUUAUAGUGUACUGUAUUAAUAAUAUUAUGUGGAAAUUUUAGUUCAGACCUGUAAAAAUGUAAAUUUAAGGAACAAUUGUCAUGAAUUAGAUUUAAGAUAGUCAUAAAUCAAUGGUCAACAUGUAAUUUUUAAGCAUAAUUUGCCAUUGUGUGAUAUUAAACUCUAAAACUUGACAAUUAUUCCUUAUAUACACUUAAUUACUGUAUGUUUACCUCCAUAAGUAAUAAAUUUCUUAGAACCAAAAAAA